CAACUUUGCAUCUAAAAGAAUAUCCACUUUGUUAAAGCUUAAAGGGAAAUGCUUUAGGAAAAUCCCAUGGCUUUCAGGCACAGAACAGCGAUGCAUCAGAAAGAUUUUGGAUAAUUGUUUCCAAAUACAUCCAUUAGUGAGAGCAACCAAAGCAUUUGAGCCAAUAAUCUCUCACAUUUCCCCUCUUCUGUAAAUCGUACGAUUCUUGAGAAGACGGGCGAAGUGUUUAACAUCUGGAAUCACUCCGAAGAGACUUUUCAAUGAUUGUGAAACUCUGGACGAGAAACAGCAGCGUCAAAGGAAUUUUCACUACUUGGGGUUGGGGCCACCAGCUGGAUUGCCUCUGUUUGCUGCUGUUUUUGUAGCCGUAUCUCUUGCUCUUCCCCUUGCCUUCUGCCGAUGACUCUGGAUCUGGAUAUGCUUACAACCAGAUUGAGAAGUGGUUAAACUUUUGUUUUGAAGAAUGGUGAACUGAAAUUGUGACUUGGGAUUUCCUUUCCUAUGAGGCGGAGUUGCCGUCGAGGACUUUUGUGAUCAAUAUGAUUGAUCAGUUCAUCAAUUUUGUCAUUCGGCCGCCCAGGGCGGAUUAUAACCCUGAUCAAUAUUUAUGGGAGAAAAACUUCACUCUCGCGGGCAGAGCAUACCAACGACAGGAUUUGGAGCUAAAAAAUUCAAGGGGCCAUACCUUGCAAUGCAGUCAUUAUUUGCCUUCAUCUAUUCCUGAGGAUACCCCUCUGCCUUGUGUCAUCUAUUGCCAUGGUAACAGUGGAUGUCGAGCAGAUGCUAAUGAGGCUGCUGUCAUACUUCUUCCAUCAAAUAUUACCGUUUUUACGCUUGAUUUUUCGGGUUCAGGCUUGUCUGAUGGAGAUUAUGUCAGCCUUGGUUGGCAUGAGAGAGAUGACCUCAAGGUUGUGGUGACAUACUUGAGAAGCAACAAACAAGUAUCCCGUAUAGGUCUCUGGGGAAGAUCUAUGGGUGCUGUAACUAGCCUUCUUUAUGGAGCUGAAGAUCCUUCCGUAGCCGGAAUGGUGCUUGACAGUGCCUUUUCUAACCUUUACAACCUAAUGAUGGAACUAGUUGAUGUUUAUAAGAUCCGACUACCUAAAUUCACGGUAAAGAUGGCUGUUCAAUACAUGAGGAGGGUAAUUGAGAAGAGGGCAAAGUUUGAUAUCAUGAAUCUUAAUUGCUUACAGGUGACCCCAAAAACUUUCAUUCCUGCUUUGUUUGGGCAUGCUAAUUGUGACAAGUUCGUUCAACCUCAUCACUCCGAACUCAUCUAUAAUUCAUAUGCGGGGGAUAAAAAUAUUAUUAAGUUCGAUGGGGAUCAUAACUCGUCAAGACCACAAUUCUAUUAUGACUCGGUUUCUAUUUUCUUCUAUAAUGUUCUUCAUCCACCCCAGUUACCUUCCGCUCAUGCAAGCAAACUUGAGAAAUAUUAUGAUUUAGGGGAUUUGAAGAUUGGGGCUGAUAAGGAUGAGAAUCUAAUAUACGAGAUAAUAUCAAGGCUUCGCUCUACUGGAAAUGAUGUUGCUGGUUCAUCUUCGGCUCCUAGUGUUCCAACCACGAAAUUUGUUGGUGACCUUAUUUCUGAAAUUCCUCCAGUGAUAACAGAAAUUGAUAACAUACCUAAUGACUAUAGUACAAUUAACAGUGAUGAGCCAUCACAUCUGCAGGACCAGCUAGAUGGUGAAACUGAAGAAUGUUGCUCGUACACGAGUUCGAAUAGAGAAAGCUGGGGAAGAUGUUCUUCCCUUGGCGGCAGUGAAGAAGAAUCUUCUGCUGCUUGUGUGGUUUCUAAGAACAAAUUUCAGGAGACUUUUGAAGCAUUUCCAACACCUCUUCGAAGCACACAAGGAAAACCAUCUGAUUCGUCAAAAGAUGAAAAGAAGAAGAAAAAGAAGAAAGUUGCGACCUCUCAGUCUCAGAAGCAGAAGAAAUCGAAAACGGAGAAACUAGAAGCCCUUAGUAGACACCUUAGGCUUUGCAUUUUAAGGCGAGUACAUCGUUGAAGAUGGCCAUUUAUGGUUUACACUGUAGCAUACCCACAACAUUGUAAAAUGUCAGCCGUCGUUUCUUUAGAUUAAAUUGUAGCUUCCCCAACCCAACAACAUAUGGAACAAAGUUGGCAGUAACCAUUAAGAUUCUUGUCUUAGUAAAUUAAAUUGCCCUGUGCGAGUGUUUAUAUCAUUUUGUGCUUCGAUUACUUCAUCUUCAUGUUGGAGCUAUAACAAAUUUUAGAAAUUGCAGAUGUGUUGGAUCUUUAAA